GCGACUUCCAGUUUAAACCCACAAAGAACAAAGAAGAAAUUGCAAAGAUAUCAAAAAAAAUAAUAAUUUUCUUUGCUCAUCUUUAUUCAUCACUUUAUACGGUGUGCGACUAGACUUGUGACCAUCAGCCUCUUAAAGUUCUCUGCAAGAAUUAAAAGGACAAGGUUAAAUAUUUUAUUACCACAAAGUUCAUUUCCCCUUUAUGUACAGGGACGAGGCGGUUUUCAGUGAGGAAGGCGGCCAGUUGUUUCUGAUGGUGCAGAAUUCUAAGGAGCAGCUCCCCUGAAAACGAUCGGAACUCCAAAUAGCUAGACAACAUCAACGAAAACCUUCUCUGGUCCAAAGCUUCAUUGAUAUACUUGUGCCUGCAGGUGGAGCCCGGUAAUAUGGAUUCCGCGCUUCCGAACCUUGUUGCUGACAUUGAAGAAUUUACCAAAGAGUCUACCAAAAUUGAAAUUCCUCUCGGUGAAAGAAGAAAGGUUAUACAGCCUUCCUCGCUGAAGAGCCAACAGUUGGAAGAAUUAAUGACGUUUCUCAUUGAUUGGAUCAAUGCCACACUGAAGCAAGACCACAUUGUUGUUCAGUCGCUGGAGGAAGACCUGUACGAUGGACUAGUGCUGCACCAUCUGUUAGUGCAUUUGGGUGAAGUCAAGCUGGAUGUAGAAGAGAUUGCUCUGUCUGCCAACGCACAGAAAAAGAAGCUGGGUGCUGUGUUGGGUCGAGUGAACCAGCUUCUCCAAGUUACAGAGGACGGCAAUCGGAACUGGAACAUAGACCUGAUCCACAGCAAGGAUCUGAUAGCCACGUUACACCUCUUGGUUGCCAUCACAACGCAUUUCAGACCCAAUAUUCCCCUUCCAGAAAACGUGUGCCUGGAAACCCUAAUUCUUGAGGUUGACAAAACAGGAAUAAAAACAUCCAAACACUUGGAAUGUAUCACUGGGAAAAGGAAUGAAGAACAAAAUGAAGCAUCAGAAGCGGACACCAUUAAUGAACUCUUUAAACUCGGCCCAGACAAAGUAAAGGUGGUGCAACAGGCGUUGCUUCACUUUGUCAACAGGCAUCUGCUGAAGCUUGGUGUGACCGUAAAUGAUUUUAGCGCUCAGUUCUCUAAUGGAGUGAUAAUGAUUCUAUUAAUUGGACAGCUGGAAGGAUAUUUCAUUCAUCUGAGUGAAUAUUAUUUACGGCCCUCCGACGAGAAAGAAAAGCUUCACAACGUAUCUUUCAUGCUGGAGCUUCUUAAAGACAGAGGACUGUUGAAUUAUCCCAUCAAUGCCCAAGACGUGGUUAAUGUCGACCUCAAAGCCACCGUCCGCAUCUUGCAUUGCUUGUUUACGAAGUACAAGGACCAAUGACGGACAGCAGAGGAUUGCAGACAGCACCGAUGAAAACUGCAGCCAGGUCACCAGACUGAGGCAGAAACCAAAGGGAAUUCUCUUGUAACAUACUAUAAACAUCUUUGUGGCUCUGCAUCAAA